AUGCGGACAUUCAAUGAUGAGAAAAAGUUCUUGGAAAAAAUUUCCAGCAAUUGUUGGCACAUCAAAAAAGGAUUUGUUGAUAACAUGAAGGUUGAUGGAUACUUCUACGUCAACGAUAACCUGGAGAAGCUCAUGUUUGAUGAGCUCAAGCAGUCCUGUAACAGCAAGGGCUUUGGUGGUUUUCUUCCUGGCAUGAAACAGAUUGCUAAUGUUGCUGCUUUGCCUGGUAUUGUUUCGAAAUCAAUUGGUCUGCCUGAUGUCCAUUCUGGCUAUGGAUUUGCCAUUGGAAAUAUGGCAGCCUUUGAUAUGAAUGACCCGAAGGCUGUCGUGUCACCAGGGGGUGUGGGGUUCGACAUAAACUGCGGGGUGCGUUUGUUGAGGACCAACCUGCAUAUCAAGGAUGUGUUGCCCUUGAAGGAACAGCUGGCUCAGUGCAUGUUUGACCACAUCCCUGUUGGUGUGGGUUCCAAGGGAAUCAUCCCAAUGACGGCACAAAAUCUUGAAGAAGCAUUAGAGAUGGGCAUGGAUUGGUCAUUGAGGGAAGGUUAUGCCUGGGCCGAGGACAAAGAGCACUGUGAAGAGUAUGGUCGAAUGUUGCAGGCAGAUCCAUCUAAAGUCAGCAGCAGGGCCAAGAAACGUGGACUGCCUCAGCUGGGAACACUAGGGGCAGGCAACCACUAUGCUGAGAUUCAGGUGGUGGAGGAGAUCUACGAUGAGUUUGCAGCCAAGAAGAUGGGCAUUGAGUUCAAGGACCAGGUGUGUGUGAUGAUCCACAGCGGCAGUCGAGGACUGGGUCAUCAAGUGGCUACAGAUGCUCUGGUUGCCAUGGAGAAAGCUAUGAAGCGUGACCAAAUAGAAGUCAACGACCGACAGCUUGCAUGUGCCCACAUACAGUCGCCCGAAGGACAGGAAUACCUCAAGGGAAUGGCUUCAGCUGCUAACUAUGCCUGGGUCAACAGAACAAGCAUGACCUUCUUAAGCAGACAGGCUUUUGCAAAGAUGUUCCAUUCCACACCAGACGACCUUGAUAUGCACGUCAUCUAUGAUGUCUCUCACAAUAUAGCUAAGGUAGAGGAACACUUCGUCGACGGCAAGCAGAAGACAUUGUUGGUACAUCGGAAAGGUUCAACUCGGGCUUUUCCACCACACCAUCCAUUGAUUCCUGUGGAUUACCAGUUGACAGGCCAGCCUGUCCUCAUUGGAGGUACGAUGGGAACUUGUAGUUACGUGCUGACAGGCACUGACCAAGGGAUGGUGGAGACAUUUGGCACUACCUGCCACGGAGCUGGGCGAGCCUUGUCUAGAGCCAAGUCCCGGAGAAACCUGGACUACACUGACGUUCUAGAAGCGCUGGAGCAGAAGGGGAUCAGUAUCAGAGUUGCCUCUCCCAAGCUAGUCAUGGAAGAGGCACCAGAAUCUUACAAGAAUGUUACAGAUGUUGUGGACACAUGUCAUGCUGCAGGUAUCAGUAAGAAGUGUAUUAAACUGCGGCCAAUUGCUGUCAUCAAGGGUUGA